UUGUUUACGCUGCAUGUGUUUUAAUGCUUAUCAAUAAUGAAAUAAAGCUAUGGAUUGUCGAAUUCGAAUCCUUAGAAAUUGGGACAGGUGAUAUUAAACAUAAUGAACAAUGCAAGAAAUUUUUUUAAACUUAUAUGAAUAUUGUUGCGGCAUUUGAUGUUUAUAAGAAGGCGUUUCAAAUACCGAUUUUUCUCCAGACCAUUGAUAUUUUUAUCCACUGUCUUUUAUAUUUGCACGUUAUGAUUGAGAUAGACCAAUUAACAGCUUCAUCUGAUAUAUCGUUGCAAGAUAUAUUAGAAACAGUCGCCGCAAUGUACUUGGCGGACAAGAAGGAAAUCUUCCAGAUAAUACUUUGUUACCAACACGAAUGCUUUUACAAGAAUAUCAAUGCUGCUAGUAAAAUUAGCGCAAUCUUUAUUUGUGGAUCUGAUAAAGAAAAGAGGAGAGUUUGCAAGUUAUUACAGGAGACCAAUAGGAAUGCGAUGAACAAAAUGCUGGCCUGUCAGCUGAUUCUAGUGGACUUCAAGCCACCUCUUCGUCUAUUCGCCGUCAUUGUCAACUACACUGCUCUUAUAUUACAAUUUGCAUUGCAGAAAACUGGAAAAAUAUAG